AUGGAGGGUGCAGCUGUAGAUUUCUUGCUCCAGGCUACAGUGGAUCACAUCUGUCAGUGCUCCAGAGAUGCCCAGCAACACUCACUCAAUCCAAGAGAGCAGCCAGAGAGCAGCCCUGUUUUAUGGAGGCCCUGGAUGCCCACAGCCAGGGAUGGUGAAAUGACAGAGAAUCAACAAAUGUCACAACCAGAUGGUCAGCUAACAAAUUUUAGAUCAAAAGGAGCCCUGGGGUUUCAACAUCCAGUGAGACUUUAUCUGCCUAAAUCCAAAUGCCAAAAGUUUCUUAAUAACAUUGGAGAGAAGGUUCUGGCUAACUUUCCAGUACAAGCGACAAUUCACUUCUACAAUGAUGACACUGACUCUGAAGAAGAUGAGGAAGAAACCAGUUCCGCCUAGUAACUAAAAAUUACUAGCCUUUCCAAAUACAUAAUUAAAAAAAUUAAGAAAGGAAUUAAAAGGAACUGUCAAGAAUGUCUGUACAAACAUCUGACUGAAGAAAGAAGCACAUCAAAGCUCAUAUGAAGACUAUUAAUAGCUAACUAAAUAAGAAGAAUGAGUCAAUGCAACUGGAAACA